AUGCACAUGAACCAGCGGAAAGAGUUCUUCGAAGUCACCAGUUAUCAGAACACCAAGACGAAGCUCCAGUAUCUCAGCCGGACUUGGCUCGGCCCCCUGACAACUGCAAUCUCAUACAAAGGCUUAGACCUUAUCAACAGCGAAUACAAGCACGCGUUGGCGGCGUUGCCGGCAGAAGAUGGCCAUCGCUCGACGAAGGAGAUUACAGCCCUACCCCCCUGCGACGACGACUUUUGCACGGUUGGCUUGCAGUUUGGUAUCCCCUGCCGUCACAAGAUCUACCAAUUGUUGCUUCACGGCCAAGAGCGGGUCGACUACUCAGCUCCAACGGCCUUCGGUGGUCUCAAGAGCUACUGGGUCGCUCGCCAGCCGCCACCGCCCCCCGAGCCACGAGAUGAUACCCCACGAGAGGAGGCGCCACGAGAGGAGGCCGCCGUCGAAGCGCCUGCGCCGGCUCCGAAGAGACGAGGCAGACCCCCAAAGAUCAAGGAGACCGCUGCCGUCGAGGCGCCGGCGCAGCCGAGGAAGCGGGGCCGACCCCCGAAGAACAAGGAGACUGCCGCGCCGGAGCCGAAGCGCCAGCGCGCAACACCAAGCAGGGGCCCUCCUGCCGGCACUAUUGGAGUAGGAAUAGCCUCACAGGGAGGAGUUAGAACACAGGUGGUAGUUGGCGCAACUGGCAAGACAACGAGGUCUGGCAGGCAGGUCCAGUUGACCAAGAAGGCGGCUGAGGCGGGGAGCGCGUGA